UGGAGGUCGCAGAUGAUCGUCCAGGCGACCACGUCGAAUUCCAGCCCCCUGAUGCAGCUGCCCCACUUCACGCAGGCCCUUGUCGACAAGGCCAAGGGCAUGAAGGUGGAGGACGUGUUCGACGUCAUGAACAUGGAGGACGGACCGCGCGGCAAGCUCUUCAGCGCGCUCCAGGAGAGCGACCUGAUGGACGUCGCCCGGGCGUGCAACCGUUUCCCGUGCAUCUCCCUCGAGUACAAGAUACAGAAUUCCGACGCCUUGAACACUGGCGGCAGCGCUCGCAUCGUCGUGCGUCUCGGGCGCGAUGGCAUGGACGAGGACACUGCGCUGGGCCCAGUCUUUGCGCCGUACUAUCCGAGGGAGAAGGAGGAGAGUUGGUGGCUCGUGGUCGGUGGCCCCAACAGCGCCUUGGUGGCGAUCAAGAGGACCACUAUCACCAAGGCGACCGUCAACGUCAAGCUCGACAUCGAGCUCGGCGAGGAGGCGGGCACCUUCGACUACACGCUGUACCUCAUGUCGGACUCCUACCAGGGCUGCGACCAGGAAUACAGCUUCAAACUGAGCGUCAAGCCAUGAGCUGGCGAGGCCCCCUCCCCCCCUCCCCCUCCCCCUCCCCCUCCCGGUGGCGGCGGCCGCGUGUAGAGCUGGCCGCGCGGAGCCCGGGCCCGCGCUGCCCGAGUGGCUUGCGCGGCUUCGGGGAGGGAGGCCCGACCGCCCCCGCGCGGCGAGAGCCGCGACGGAAGCGUUCUGGGCCCCGCCGCAGCGCUCCGCUGCUCGCACGUCACGGCACCAGCGGCGCGGUGGCCGUUUGGAGGGUGGGCUCGGGUCGGCGGGGGGACCGCUCCUCACGCGAACCGCUUCACCCUGGACCGCUUCGCCACCGUGAACCUUCGACCGAGG